CAUUUCCGAUUUAGUUCUAAACACACACUGGUGCGCACUAGUUGGCCAGUCGAUUUGAAGGGAAAAAAAUUAACGAGUUCCACUAUCUAAAGUCACAAACAACAUGGUGGUGUUGAGCAAACUUUUCAAGGAUGGCCUUGAAAAGGGUCUGCAAUGCAGUGACUUAACUCACAGUGGUUCCUGCAAACAGAAUGUGACACUCAACACAUAUAAAUUCUUAAUAUCAAAUCUGAAAUAUUUUGCGCCUGUGAUUUUUUUACCGCUACUGGUGCACCUACGUUCGCUCAACAAAAAAAUGCUCAAGGACACAUUUCAAUAUUACAUCGGCGCGGUGGCGGCAGGCACGACCACUGGUUGGUGCAUAAUGGCCAUGAUAUGCCUUUUACGUCAUGUCUUUGGUAAAUUCGGCUACUACACCACCGCAUUCCUGCCCUCUUUAAUAGGCAGCUUUGCCACAUGGGCCAUACCAAGUCCAAAAGUUCAUCGUCUAUAUGAGACCAGCGUAUUUCAGUGUACCAUCGAAUCGUUCAUUCUUCAAAGAAAAACUAUGCUCACCAAAUUAAUCGCUGAAUCCAAACUCCUGCGCACAUUUAUAUUUAUGUGUUGUAGUAGCUUAAUAAUGAAUGCAAAGCAAGAAAAAUCGUACAGAGGAUUUUGGUUACUGCAACCCACACCAACGACCACGCUGGUUCAUCCCAAAAACCAAGCUGCAUUAAAUGAGGAGGCGGAGGAAGAAAGUGUUCACCUCCUCAAGCCAUGCAGUCACAAAAUCAGUUCGUGUGUGAGAUACGCUCUGCAAGGUGCAAAAACUUAUUUCAUUUUGGGACUGACACUGGAUUUGAUUAAAAUGUUGAUGAGUAAGGUGGCGACAAGUGAAAAGGGCUUCAUGACCAAACUACUCGCCAAGACUGGUAACUUCAAAAUACAUUCCUGUGCGCUGUUAACUACUUAUGUAACAUUUUACAGAUUGGUGCAUUGCUAUUUUAACCGAGUUUGUGGUGCGGAUACCAAACUCAAUCACACUGCGGCUGCCUUUUUAAGCGGUUCCUCAUUUAUUUUUUAUCCAAAAUUGACACUUUUCUGUUAUGCUUUGGUAUUGGGCAUACAGAUAAGUUGGCAGCAUUUAGAGGUUUACUUAUCUAACGAGCACGAGGAUGCAUUUGAAUGGAUAAAAAAUAUACCAUUCAGCAAAUUAUUCUACUCUCUGUGCCUGGCAUAUUUGGUAAAUACGUAUUGUCUUCGCAGUCGUUAUGUUAGCGGCUUAGGAGCGACGAUUAUUAAUGGCAUCACAAAUAAUUACGCGAAGACAAUAAAUGGAAAUAUUGAAAGAAUUGAGCAACAGUUGGCCAGCCGUUCACCUAGUUUGUAAACUUGUUUAGAGAGAAUGAUAAACGAAAAAUUUAUUAAUGGAGUAAUUAUAAUAAA